AUGCGAGUCUUGCCUACACAGAAAGAACCCCAGCCCCGCUCCUUUGAUGAACAACAACCCAAAACUGCUCUAAACUGGCCAGCCAUCCCCAGCCCCAGCCCCAGCCCAGCCCAGCGGCAUAGAACAAGUUCCAAACUGAGGUAUGCCCUGUGUAUUUGUGCCUAGUGCUCCAGUUUGCCACUUUCUGUAAAAAUACACGAUCAUUUUGAGCGUGAGCCGAUACGUCGAUACGGGUGUGGGUGGGGUACAUUGUUUAAUCUAGCAACGGUUUCCAUUACACGGGGCAUUCAUUGACAAAGUUUGCCAAUUGACAAGGGUCUUUCAUUGAGGCCCAGCCGACUCCAGACAUCAUUUCAGGCAUAGGCGCGCAGCCUUGUGGAUCAAGAGAAAGUGCACGUGUGCCAUAGCCUGUUAUUAUGAAUAAAGUGGACAAAGUUCUUGAGUUGUGAUGGUGGGAGUGAUAGUAUGCAGGACUUGAAUAGUUUGCAUUCACUGUGUGGCAGCUGUUGGUCCCAUGAUCACACACAAUCUUGUAAUAACUUAGUAAUACAUGUAUCACUGCCUUCACAACUUGUAUUCCAAGUGGAUGGGUUCAUCUCAUUCUAUGUAGACCACAAGCCAAUUCACUUUACUUGCCCUGUGUAGUACUGGGAUGUUACAACAAAAUGCCCUUGUCUUCACCAGAAGGUGGUGCCUGCCUGUAGGGGAGCUGGGGGGCUGGAGGAGUGCUGGUGUCAUGGUGAACAAUGUUCCGGAAGGUCAAAAAGCAUCACAGCAGCAGCAGCUCCCAAAGCAGUGAGAUCAGUACCAAGAGCAAGGUGGAUAACUAUACAAUACAUUACAUUACAUUACACUGCAGACUACACUGUCCUGGGCUACAUUCCAAACCCCUUCCAUCUGCCCUCAAUGACGCCCUCUUGUUGAUCUGAAGACUGGAUAGAUGUAAGCAGUAUGUCGGAAGCUCCACCUAGUCCUCCAAUAAGAAGCUCCACCUAGUCCUCCAAUAAGAAGCUCCACCUAGUCCUCCAAUAAGAAGCUCCACCUAGUCCUCCAAUAAGAAGCUCCACCUAGUCCUCCAAUAAGAAGCUCCACCUAGUCCUCCAAUAAGAAGCUCCACCUAGUCCUCCAAUAAGAAGCUCCACCUAGUCCUCCAAUAAGAAGCUCCACCUAGUCCUCCAAUAAAAAGCUCCACCUAGUACUCCAAUAAAAAGCUCCACCUAGUCCUCCAAUCAGAAGCUCCACCUAGUCCUCCAAUAAGAAGCUCCACCUAGUCCUCCAAUAAGAAGCUCCAUCUAGUCCUCCAAUAAGAAGCUCCACCUAGUCCUCUAAUAAAAAGCUCCACCUAGUCCUCCAAUAAGAAGCUCCACCUAGUCCUCCAAUAAGAAGCUUCCGUUGUGUUGCGUUCACCUGUCUACGUUUUAGUUGUUGUGCUGGAGCUUCUAAAUUAGUUGUUAUUAGUAAAUCAUUUACCUUGGCGGCAACAGGGUACUAGUCUUGCUAACACCAGCCUCUCUAAGUCUCUGACUUGUCGCGCGUCAGCUAGGCUAACAGGGUACAGACUCAGAAUACAAAAAAGCAGAUGCAUUCAGGAAAUACCAGAAAAUGCCAGACAAUACCAGACAUAACCAAGAAACUCAUGGAAGCAUGUCUUUAGAUAUACCUGUCAUGUCCAGUCCACCUGUUGGGAGCUUUAUGAGUUUGCUGCUGUGGAGUGAGACAAAUAAACUAGCUUAGUCGCAGCUCAGGCCAGAAACAGGCAGACAAGACAUACAGACAGACGGACAGACAGACACACUUUAGACUGAUUACAGUUUUUGCCUAUUGCUUACACACUUUUUGCAGAAUUUGGCUCAUUAUGUCAAAACUCAACACACAAGCCAAUCAGACAUAGCACUUGGAGAUUAACAACUCACAUAUAUGCCAAAAUGAAACACUGCAAUCAAAACUUAACACUCCUUUCUAAAAAUGAAAUUCUUGCAACAAAACCAUACACACAAGCAACAUUUGAAUUACUCUUUCAUAUCACCAGCAACACACUGAUGGGCUUUAUAUAAAACACUGCAGUCUUUGUGUUUCUAUUUUUAUUGUCAUUUUAUUGUCAUUGUCUUCUGUAAAACUCAAAAGUAGAAUUUCUGCAGUAAUCAAACAGUAUUUACAAAAAAGUUUUUACAAAAAAACAAACAUUCUUACAGAAAUACUUAACAUCAAAUUUAGCAACAAAACAAAACAAAAGCAAAAAAACUAAACAAUUACUGGAUAAAUUGCUAUUGGGGAAAAAAACAUAUACUUGUUUUGUGUGUGUGUGUGCGUGUGUGUGUGCGUGUGCGUGUGUGUGGUGGGGGGCGGGGGGGCUUAUGGAUCACGCCUUCUGUUCGGAUCUGGCCACAAGACCUUGUCAACAUCACAGGCGAUGUCCUCGCGGGCUAGGCAUCGGGGAAAAUAUCGCCUUGUGUGCCGAAUCCACCCUUGGAUUGAUCCCACCUCAAUGUCUCCACAUGCCUCUUCCAUUGCUUGCAGAAGAGUCAUGCGAGCAUGUGGUUGCCGAUCAUAUACUUUCCACCGCCACGCUGAAAAUAAUUCCUCGAUUGCAUUUAGAAAGGGGCUGUAAAGGGGCAGGUAUAAAACUGUGAAAUGAUUAUGGUUGUUGAACCAAUCUCGGACCAGAGCAGCCCGGUGGAAACUAACAUUAUCCCAGAUGACAACAAACCUGGGCUGCUGUGGUCUGUCCUGCACAACUGCAUGUAGUGCAUCUAGAAAUGCAAUGAUCUGUCCUGUAUUGUAGGGACCUAGAGUGGCAUGAUGAUGCAGGACUCCUUGGACACUAAUUGCAGCACACAAGGUGAUAUUUCCCCCACGCUGCCCAGGGACAUUUACAACAGCCCUUUGUCCAACUACGUUACGGCCCCGACACCUGGUUUUGGCCAGAUUGAAGCCUGCCUCAUCCACGUAGAUGAACUCAUGCGGCAGUUCGGCGGCAUCAAACUCCAGAACUGUCUGUAACAGAAAAUAUUGAAUAGUGUUACUGAAAACACAUACAGUAACUACAAUGUCUAUAUUUUCACACAAGUAGGGGCUGGGUUGGGUGAGUAUAGACAAAAACUACAAGCUACAGGCAGGGCAGGUGGCAGCAUAAACUCUCAUUCCCACAUCACAAUAUAUAGUAUGUAAAGUAAAGUGACACAUACCUGCACAUAAUCAUGGUACAGAUCCUUGACCCUGACACUGUUCCUCUCAAAUGGCACCCUGUACAGCUGCUUCAUUCUGAAGUUAUGUUUCUGUAGGAUGCGUCUUAGUGUAGAAAUGCUGACCCUGUUGAUAUUGUUGAAUUCAUUUCCAUUUGCAAUUAUGCGUUGUUGCAACUCACGAAGUCGGAUUGCAUUAUUUUCUCGCACCAUUUCAAUGAUGGCAAGCUCUUGUUGUUGAGUGAAGAGCCGUUCCCUUCCACCUUGAGGAGGUCGUCCAACCAUUCUGUAGAAAAUGCCACCACAAGAUGUAAUUGGUUAGGUUAUUUUAAUAAUAUGCCAUUUAGCAGACGCUUUUAUCCAAAGCGACUUACAGUCAUGCGUGCAUACAUUUUUUUUUUGUGUAUGGGUGGUCCCGGGGAUCGAACCCACUACCUUGGCGUUACAAGCGCCGUGCUCUACCAGCUGAGCUACUACCCGUACCACUACUAUUUUUCACAUACUGUACUUUCAAACUGUACACAGUACUGCAACAUCACAAUGGUAUUCCUUUACAUAUACAGUACUUCACAGCACUACCCAUUUUUGUAUAGUAUAGUUAGUACAGUAAUACUGUAAUAUGAUACAGAAUAAUGUGACACAUACAGUAGGUACAGUCUGGAGUAGAAACUUGAAGAUAUACCUGUUCUCCAGUCGGAAUGUCCUUAUUAUCGAUGCUACUGUGUAGCGACUGAGGUUAGGGUGGACUCUUUGCCCAGCCUCCCUCAUGGACAGGCCAUGAUUUAUCACAUGGUCCACCAGUGUAGCCCUGAUGUCAUCUGAUAUACGUCUCCACACUGGUCCUCGUCCUCUUCCACGUCCUCUUCCACAUCCGACUCCUCUCUCUCUUUGUCCUCCUCUGACUCUCAUUGCCUCCAUGCUUGCAAAGUUCUAAAAAUGGCUUACCUGAGGCCUAUUUGUAGUGCUAAGGCUCAGACUUAUUGGUGUUCUGUUUUCUGUGCAAGUGUUUCCAGGUGUGUAUGUAAGUGCAUACAAUUGCCAGAUGAGUUUUGCAUUUUGAACAGAGUGUUUUCCCAAUGAUAACAGGUCAUUUUGUUUUUGGACAAAGUGUCUAAUGUAAGAAAACGUGUGUAGUGUUUCGCAAUAAGUGUGUUACAGAAUUGCAAACAAAGUGCAAAGUUGACCUUGUGUUUAAGCUAUGGUUACACUGUGUUUAAGGUAUGCUACAAGAAGUUUAGGUAUUGAGGCUUUGGUCUAAGCAUUCGGUUUUAGUGUGUAAGCAAUGGGCAAAAACUGUAUAACCAUAUUAGAAGACCCCUCACAUCUGACAGUGGCUUUCAUUCAUGUUAGAAGAGAGCUCUGUCAUGUGCCUGCCCCUGUGAUGAAUAACAAACAAAUGCAAAGAUGUUUAAGCCACAGAGGCGGGAUUGAUCAGAUGGAGAAAUCGCUCUUCAUGACCAUCGAUGCACGUACUGCACAGCUGUCCUCUCUAAUUACGUUGCUGAUGGGUACAUGACUCAGUUUAUUAAUUGUCCAAUGCAGCAGUUUUUAUCUCAAUAUCAAAUUAUUUCUGGGUAACAAUUAAGUACCUUACUGUGAUUGUUUUCAAUUAAAAUUGUAAAAAAAAGAAACAAAAAUAGCUUCUUAGCAAAGAACAAUUUCGCAAUAUUUUUUUGCUUGGACUGUCUGAAUGGGGAGGGGAAAACGGAAAACUAGCUGUUAUUGGCAGAGAGGUUUGGAACGAUCUUUCUUAUUGGUCUAUUAAUUAAUUAAUUAACCUCCUGGUGAUGUCACCAGGCAGGCCAAAACUCCAUCCCACCAAAAUAGGCCAAAACUCCAUCAAACAGCCGUUACACUAAAAGGGCAUUUUCAUAAUUUGAUAGUAUUAUUCCAACCUCAUAGUGUGGAAAUAUACGUAUAUAAAACACAGGACACUCACGUUUUUGACUGCACUGGGCCUUUAAGAACGUCUUGCAUUCUGUCAAGGACUCCUAAAUCCAUGUCUGCCUCAAGCUCUUUUCUAGUUUUCCACUAAAACUCUACUCAUAAGAGGUUGGUGUGUUUUUCUUUUCUUUCUCAUAUACAAAUACUGCAGCAGAAACCAUGACCUCUGCGAUUUGGUCAACGUUUCAGUCAAUCAUGUAGCAUUUCUCAGUGCUUUUCUCCCUCCUGUCUUUAGUCUGUAGACUAGUUUGGGAGGUCUCUCCAGGGCCAGUACUAUAGCCAGCCUCGACACAGUCUCCACCAAGAGCUCAGGUAAGAAGUCCUAACAUGGCCAUAUCUCAAUUCUCUGAAAUGACGUAGGCUAGUUUCCUCCUCUCAUUUCCUUCCUAUUGUAAUAUAUAAUAUACACCAUUUAGCAUAUGCUUUUAUCCAAAGCGACUUAGUCAUAUGUGCAUACAUUUGAGCUACAAAGGACCACAAUUGCAGCUAUUCACUGACAGUCAGAUGAAGGGGCUGUAAAUGUCCCACAGUAUUGACUGUACAAAUCAAGUUCUUUCAGAUUUGACUGAUGUUCAUUGUAGGGCAUGCAGCAAAACAUUUUAAAGCAUUUUGCAAUGAACAACUAAAGUUAGUGUUUCUUAUUGGUAGUCCCUCUCUGUUUCAGUUCAUUUUCUUCCGUUUAAUGCCUAAUGAACCCCAUCAUGACCCAGUGGUAAUCAUGACUGAUGUAUGAACUGUGAACUGUAUGUAGGUAACAGUGCUGCGUCAGAGACAUGUGCUGAGUUCAGAGUGAAGUACGUGGGAGCCAUUGAGAAGCUGCAGUUUGAGAUUAGUAAAACUCUUCAGGAGCCUCUGGAGCUCAUCAACUACAUAGAUGCAGCUCAGGUAAGAACCAAGAACGCAAUACUAUACUUAAAGGUUAAAUGCAGUGCAGUGGAGACCAAUUCAUUACUGGAUAAUAACUAUAACCACUCAGUUUGAUCAUGGUGAUUGAUUAUGGUGAUCGUGAUGGAGAUGAAUGUUAUAGGGAUGUGAGGCAGAGGCAGCCUCUGUGUCCUCCUUGACAAGUCACUCUACAUGAACAUUGAGUACCUGUUGUGUUCCUUCCAAAGCAAGAUGGAAAGCUGCCGUUUGUGCCAGGAGAUGAGGAGAUGGUCCUGGGAGUGUCCAAGUACGGAGUCAAAGUGGCCUCCAUGGAUCAGUGUGUGAGUGUUUCCAUUUUCAUGUUAUAAAUGCUUUAGCGUCACAAAAGUUUCUACUAUCUAGUUGGAACAUAUUGUUGCAACGUUUCCUAUGUUGGACGCUUCUGCACUGUUUCCCGCUCUACCUGAUUGUCUGUCUGUGUUAUGACGAUGUUUGUAAUGUGCAUUAUUGUUGUGGAUCCUGUAAAGGACGUUCUGCACCGCCACCCUCUCUACCUGAUUGUGAGGAUGCUGUGUUAUGAUGACGGCCUGGGGGCUGGGAAGAACCUGCUGGCUCUCGAGACUACCGACGCCAAGCAGCAGGAGUGUAGCAUCUGGUUGUACCAGUGCAGCAGUGCGGUGAGUGUGUGUGUGUAAGUGCACGUGUGUGUGCGUGUGGGUGUGCAUGUAACAGACUGACAGACCAUCCAGCAGACAGUCUGUACUACAACCAGUGGUGUAGUUGAGAGUAAACACACGAAAACACCCUUUACGCACCUUUUUAAUUUUGCACAAGCGUUUACCUACCAUUUGCGAAAAAAUGCAUUGAAAGUAUAGGGAGCAUUACUUUAUUUAACGUGGAUGGCGAUCAGCGUUUAUCCACCAGUUUUUUACCACUACAUCACUGACUACCACAGUCUCAUAUCAAUACAUCUCAUGGUGUCACGCCCUGACUUAGAGAACUCUUGUUGGUUGGGUCAGGGUGUGAGUUCUGUUUGAGAUCUAGGUUAUUCGAUUCUGUUUAGGAUCAAGUAUGUGUAUUUCUAUGUUUGGCCGGGUGUGAUUCCCAAUCAGAGGCAGCUGUCGCUCGUUGUCUCUGAAUGGGGAUCAUACUUAGGUAGCCUGGUUGCCUACCUUAGUUGUGGGAUCUUUACUCGUGGUUGUGUUCCUGUUAGGCUUGUUGUGAGUAUAGCCCAUAGGACUUCACGUUACGUUGCUUUUGUUGUUUUGUCAAGUGUUUAUCUUCAUUAAUAAAUAUGUACGCAUACCACGCUGCACCUUGGUCUGACCUGUCUCUCAACGAUCGUGACACAUGGCAAUAUUCUGGGGUCCACACAAACUCUGGUCCUCUGUAGCUUAUCAUACAACUUAUUGUGCCAGUUUGUGGCAAACUGAAGGCAAUGCUGUGCAAGAUAAUGUAUUAUAACGUGUGAAACAGUCUUCCUGUGUGUCUCCUCUUAUCCGUUCAUAUAGCAGGAGACUGAGGAAGCGGGUCUCAAUGGCCCAGACAGACACGUUUUUUUCACAAUGGCCCGACCGUCAGCAUCAGUCACAGUGGAUAAACUUAUCUGCCAAAUGACUGAAAGUUAUUUUAUUAAGUUUCCCAUAUAAGCCAAUGACUGAAAUGGCAUUCACUAAAAUGCUGAAUGACUGAAUUGUUAAAUGAUAGAAAUGUGAAUGACUGAAAUGCUAAAUGACAGUUUUUCAUAAGAAGUCGAUUUCCCUUCUCCUCUCCCUUUCUCUGUGCAGGAACAAGCCCAGGUGUUGUCCGCCUCCCUCCACUGCGUGCUGACAUCAGAGAAGUCCUGAAGGGAAGUUGCCCUAAGGGACGUGGUGGAGACGGGCAGCACAGAAGUUGCCCUCCUCACGUGGUGGAGACAGGCAACACCAUGAACCAAUCGGGAGCCUGGAAACCAUAG